AUUUAUUAUUCAUGAUAUUGAUAUCCCAUGAAUUUAAACAUAAACACUGUUUAAGUGUUUCGGAGGCCAUGCGAUUUCUUUUCUUUGUUACGGUGUCCACCCCUCUUGAGAAGACACGCUCGCUCUCAACGGAUGUAUUGCUGCGACAAAAAAUCUUUAGCCAUCAUGCAAAGGUACGGAAAACGCUCAGAAUUAAAUGUGAUGUCACAAAGUUCAAGUUCUACGCCAUCAAGGUCAACUCAAGAUGAUAGAGAAAAUCAAUUGGAGCCUUUUUCGGAUUCACUAAUAGAACAGGAUUUAAAUUCUUCUGCGAUUAAUAGUAGUUUCAAUAUUAAAUCAAAUUAUAAUUAUAGUCCAAAUAAAUCACACAAAAAAUGCAAUCAUUGCGAAAAAAUAUAUCGUUCCACUACCGCUACAACCAAUUUGCGCAAACAUCUUCUAACCAAACAUCCUGAAGGGCAAGAAAACUUACAACAGACGAUAAUUUUCAUUUAAAUAAAUUAAUACUCAAAUAUAUCAUCAAUGAAAAUAUUUCAUUUAGAACGUAUGAUAGUAAAAAUUUUAAAGACAUCUUUACAUAUUUAAACAAAACCUCCAAAGUUUGGUGCAGGCAAACUGCUAUGAAAUAUUUAAACAAUAUAUAU